AUGUCCUGUCCCUCCUCUGUCCUGUCUUUCUCCAACUCUGUGAUGCAGAUUGAGUCUUUCAAGCUAAAUUUCCGCGAGAACGCCCGCUCUCGCACGGACCACGGCGCCGACAUCAUCACCUGGCCCGUCUCGGGUGACAGCCCUGUCCACCUGCUCCGCAGCAGCGUCUCGCUCAACGACUCCCUCGCGGCCGCCGGCAUCCCUCGCUCCCACACCACCCCGGCCCUCAUCUCCUACCAAGAACAAGAAGGCGACGCCGGCUCGCUUACCCAACUCCGGACGUGAUUCUUUCUUUUCAUUGGUCCGCUGCUCUCUAAACCCCGCCUCCUACCAUUGCUAAGACUCAUAUGAUUGGUGUGCUCUUUGUUGACGUCCUUGAACGUGAUUCCUGAUUUGUUCAGUCACCAGGAAACGCAAAAAAAAUGACCAUAAUUGAAGUGGAUUGGGAGCGAAAUACUCGCCCUGAGAGUCUGUAAACUCUGUCGGUAACAGUCUGGAUGGGGUUUGCUGAGAUUACACUUAGACAUGGCUAAACUCAUACCUAACAAUCACCACACCUGCUACGUCACUUGUAGUAGAGCAUGAAUCUAGUUUAGUUGCUUUCGUUUCUUUUUUUAUCUGUAUACAAUAACUCUCAACUCGGUAUUCAUAAUCAUGAUGUAGCUGUUCAUCUGAUCACCACAUACAAACAUCUGGAUCCAUCUGGACAUCAUCUCUAGCUGCCUUCAAGUCCUCCUGGGAAGUUCGUACUUAUGAAUCUUACAUAAAAUGCAGUUCAAAUAUCAAAUAUCCAUCCGAUAUUCUGGAUGAAUAUCAUGCUUUUUAAUUUUCCGACAAAACCAAGAAGCCUCUUUUAGUGCCAAAGCAACCAAAUGAAGAGCAAAGAAUGUGCAUUAAGUGUGCAUGUUAUUAGAGCAUGAUGGGAAAUGUAGAUUUGGUUGCAUGAAGCUUUAAGCCACGGGCACGCUAUACUUUUGAGAGUGCAAAAAUUCUACGGCAUGAAAACGGUCCUAAUCAUUUUUAAAAACAUAAUCCAACAUCUAAAAUGUAAAACAAAAAACAAUAUACUCAACUUUACUGCCUUUCUGCAGAUUUAAAGGUGCAGUGUGUAAUAUUUAGGAGGAUCUAUUGACAGAAAUGCAAUAUAAUAUACAUAACUAUGUUUUCAGUGGUGUAUAAAGACGUUACAUAUGUAAUUAUGUUUUUAUUACCUUAGAAUGAGUCAUUUCUAUGUAUAUACACCGCUGGUCCUCUUACAUCGAAGUCGCCAUUUUGUGCCACCAUGUUUCUACAGUAGCCCUAAAUGGACAAACUGCUCUAUAGAGUGCGUUUGCUUGACUGCCUCCUCUCUGCUGUCUCAGACGACGACAUCUUUGUCCUGUGACGGCCACCGUAGCUUCUCCAUGUGCAUUGAAAGGGAGCGGUGGACUGAACCGUUGGUUGCAAUUCACAACCUCACCACUAGAUGCUGCUAAAAUUUACACACUGAACCUUUAAAGUUUGUGUUCUUUUAAUUCAGCUCAAAGUUCACGCCAAGAUGUUGGUCUUCUGUUGGUCACAGAGUAGAGCAGAGUACACCAAAACUUAUUUGUAAUAUUUUCUGGGCAGCACUAGACAAAAUUAAUAAUUAAAACUUACAAUAUUCAAAUGGCUAAAAACAGCUAUGCCUUUAAAGUUUCCUGACAUACGAGAUCGUGAUGCCGUUCGUCUCGUAAGCAUGAUCAUUCCCACGUGAUUUGAAGGCAGCAUCAUUCAGCAGCAUACAGGGGCUGUCAUGUGACCCUGUCAUGUGAUCCUCUCUCACCUCACCUUUGACCUCCAGUAGAACUGAAACUGAAUCACAUAGGCUAUCUAAACUCUAUUUCGUGAUGGUGUGUUUGAGUGAAUACUGUAGCAAUGAACUGUGUUGUUAAACGGUUUAUUUUAACUCUUCGUAUCCUUUUGUUUUAUUUUCGUGACCAGCAGAUGUUUUCCUCGUUAUUGUAAAGCAAUAUAACGGUCUCCUACAAUGCCUAUAAGACAUUAAACUCUACGUACACGCACAGUAAACCACGCUCAUAGUGUCGAACGCAGCUCCAGACGGUUUGUGAAAGUGAAGAGGGUCUGAGGGCGGACGAGUAAAGGAAGAUACCCUUGUGAAAAAGAAUCUUAACAGUAUAUAUAUAUAUAUAUAUAUAUAUAUAUAUAUAUAUAUAUAUAUAUAUAUAUAUAUAUAUAUAUAUAUAUAUAUAUAUACACUUACUUUAUGGUAAUAUUAAUGAAAU